AUGAAACACCUCUCCCUUCUGGCACUCGCCGCUGUCGCUCCAACCACGGCCCUAGCUGGUGUGAUAGAUCACCAGCAAGUUACCUUUGAGAAACCACCUACACAUAAUCAGAUUGAAAAGUUCCUGAUUCAGCUCGGCCCUGGAGAAUCACGAUGGGUGACAGAAGAGGAGAAAUGGGCUCUGAAACUGGUAGGCUUCUACGUCCUGGAAGGCAUGAACUUCUUCGAUAUCACCGCCGAAUCAGACCAGGGCUUCUCAGUCAAGAGCUUCGAGCAAACUAAAGUAACCUAUCCCUCGGAAAUCAAAUACCAAAAGGAGCUAGCGCCGUUGUCGAAAGACCUUUCCAAGGGUAACAUGCGCGAGAACCUCGUUAAAUUUACCUCUUUCCACACCCGAUAUUACAAAUCGGAAACCGGUGUUCAAUCCGCAACCUGGCUGCUCGAGAGGGUGCAGCAAGCGAUUGACGACUCGGGCGCAUCCAAGCACGGUGUAAAAGUUGAGAAGUUCAACCAUCCAUGGGGCCAAUUUAGUAUCAUCGCAACUAUCCCCGGAAGAUCGAACAAGACUGUGGUCGUCGGUGCGCAUCAGGAUAGCAUCAACCUAUUCCUACCAUCGAUCCUUGCUGCACCUGGUGCAGACGACGACGGCAGCGGGACGGUGACUAUUCUCGAGGCAUUCCGUGUUCUGCUGCAGUCAGAUGCGAUACGGGAGGGCAAGGCUGCCAACACGGUUGAGUUCCAUUGGUAUUCGGCUGAGGAAGCUGGUCUUCUUGGCUCUCAGGCAAUAUUCUCGGAAUACAGUAAGACUGGGAGAGAUGUUAAAGCUAUGCUGCAGCAAGACAUGACCGGCUACGUUGAAGGAACGCUGAGGGCCGGAGAAGUGGAAUCUGUCGGUGUGAUAACCGAUUUCGUCGACCCAGGAUUGACGGAGUUUAUUAAAUUGGUUAUCAAAGGGUAUUGCGACAUUCCCUUCGUCCUGACCAAAUGUGGCUACGCCUGCUCGGACCACGCUUCUGCUAGCCGAUAUGGAUACCCGUCUGCAUUCGUCAUUGAGUCCGAAUUCAAACGGUCCAACCAGAAGAUCCACACCACAUCAGACACAAUUGAGCUCUUGAGUUUUGACCACAUGCUUCAGCAUGCAAAGAUGACGCUUGGCUUAGCGUAUGAACUUGCCUUUGCGGAACUCUAG